AUGCCUCCAGAGUCUCCAGUUCUCCACCCCAGGUCCCAAUCCAUACACCAGUCGGUCCACCACCAACCGCCGCUGGCCCGACAUUCACCGCAGAACGCACACUACGCACCCGCACCCGCACACGGCACUCACGCACACACACAGACAGACAGCCGCGCCAGAAGAAGCUUGGACCGACGAACCCGAGUACACCGAGUCGCCGACGCGUUCAACACCACCAUGUCUGUGGACACGGCCGCCGCCGACUGCCGGCCGCCCAUCAUCAUGACCACCCCCCCGCAGCACCAUCGCCUGCCUCACACCGAGACGGCUACUGCCAAAGAGAGACGGGUAUCGCGAGCCUGCGUCUCCUGCCGGCUGAGGAAGACGAGAUGUGACUUAGACUAUGGUGGCAACCCAGGCAUACCACCCUGUCGUCGCUGCGUAAGAGAACAGAAGGAAUGCGUCUUGGCAACGUCGAGAAGAGGCGGUCGACGUCCCCGGAAGUUUGUCCGCCUGCCACAGAAUGACGCCGAUGCCUUCCCGCAACAGCAGCAGCAGCAGCAGCGUUCGGACGCCGUCACCGCCGCGACGGCUUGUGACGCGGGUUCCGGAGGUGAUCCCGGCACUUCGUCGUCGGCGACCCUUCGAGAAGACCAGCACAUGCAUCACUCCACGAGCCCGGCGGAGUCUCGGCACCAGAACGAUGGCGAGCCGUGGUCGUGCUCUCCAGAAGAGGACGACGGCCCAUCAGGGAAGUCGGCGAGCUGGCCCGACUCCGCUUCUCAGCCGGACACCCCCGGCGGCCGGUCGACCCGGUCACUCAAGAGCUCCGGCGACUUUGAGGGGCACAUCACGUCGAGCGACCUGUUGAACCCUUCUGACGCGCUGAACCUCCUGGCGCAGGUUGCCGAUCUCGAUGGGGACGAACGGCGCGACGACAUGCGCCAUCUGUCCGAGAGCGAUGCUACGGGUCGGGAUAAGUGCAGUCCCAGGAAAGGGUCACGGAAGCCUUCUACACCGGCAGCGGUUCACUACCCACCCAUCUCCGGCGGGGCCUUGAGCCUGCCUGUCGCUUCACGGCUCCUCACAUUAUACAUCGACCACUUCCACCCCUACUUCCCAGUAGCAGACAAAUGCAUCCUCACCCACACCCCCGCCACAGUCUCAUCCCUCAUAGACUCGGAACCCCAUCUCGUCACUGCAAUAUUCACAGUAGCCUCCAAAGACGAACCCUCCAUGUCCCGCGUUCACGAAGCCUGCUCGCGGUACAUGGAGACCCUCAUAUCGAAGCUGAUCUACAAGGGCUCGACCACCGUCGGUGCCGUCGAGGCCCUGCUGAUCCUCGCGCAGUGGGCACCCCAGAGAUUGCAGGAGAAGCCGUCCAUCGGACGCGGUGAGGAAGACGAGGGCGCGUGGAUGCAGAUCGGCGUCGCCAUACGCCUGGGAUACCUGCAGAGUCUGGAGCAGACGGGGUUGCUGUCGGACAAGACGAGUCCCUCGUCAGAGACGUUUCGGAGGAAGAGGCUGGUCUGGGCUGCUUGCUAUAUGAGCGAUCGGGAAGUGUCGAUCCGUGUAGGCAAGGGCUUCUGGUCCCGGGGGCCGGGACCAUCGACCAUACCACGCUCAGCAGACUUCCCGUCCCUGCGGAUACAAGAAGCCGGGGCCGAUAAUCUCGGACAACUGUUCCAGGCUCAGCUUGAGUUGAUACAGCUCUUCAGUAAUGCUCAUGAUAUACUAUACUCAUCGUCGAGCCAUAGAGCACAGCUGUACCUUGGGGGAGAAUACGUGAGAUACAUUGACGACUCAUUUGCAGUGCUUCGGAAGUGGAAGAUCGUCUGGGGAAGUCUAAACUUCACCCCCUUGAUCAAAGCAGGUCUGAACCUAUCAUACGAAUUUCUCCGUCUAUACAUCAAUGCCUUUGCCUUCCAAGCAACCAUCAACCGCGCCAUCACCAAAGCACGCCAGCAACAGCAGCAGCAUAUCCAGCAAACCCAACAAUACCACAAACAGAACCAAGAGAACAAGUCCGCAAAAGGACAGACCCAAAAUGACGGGAUCGAAACGACGCCAGGCUCGCAAGCUCCAGCGAGUCUUCCGCCGCCGCCGCCGCCGCCGCCGCCGACAACAACAAUCAGCAGUCCCCUAUUCGCGGACCUCGCCAGCACCCCCGACGCCCGCUUCAUAUACGAAUCAAUGGACGCCGCCAACUCCCUCCUCAACAUCCUCAACUCCUCCGUCGACUCGGACACGGGAUUACGAUAUAUGCCGCUCAAGUACUACCUCUACGUCAUCUACGCCGCCGUGUUUCUUUUCAAGGCUCGUCUCGCCGGUGCCCUAGGCAGCGAAGCAUCAGAAAGUGUGCAACGUUCCAUAAACGUCACAAUCGAAGCCCUACAACGCUCAUCCCUGAGCCCGCACAGCUUAGGCCAACGCUACGCGCGCCUCCUCUCCCUCCUAUGGCGCAGCAAACCACAGGAACAGCAGCAACGGAGCCAACCGGCCCUACAGUCCAACGCCACCAUCCCAGGCCCCGACGGUCACGGUAUCGAUGCCGCCGCCGGCGGAGGCGGCGUGGCGUACCCGGCGUCCGGUCUCCACACGGCGACGGGCCCCGGGUCCGUAUCCGUACAGGUACCGACUGUGCCGAGUUCGACCAGCACCAACAACAACACCUUUGGAGGUCUCGGUGCAGGGAUACAUGCCGACCACCACAACCAACACUAUGGCGGGAUGUCUCACGGCCACGCGCACUGGAACAUGGCCGCCUUCCCGCACCAGCCCGAUCUCCUAGUACGAGGCUUCUCGUGGAGAGACCUGGACGACCUGGGGCAGUUCAUCGGGCCAGCGGACAUGAGCUUUUCGGACCCCACGGACUUGGAGGUGAUGGGCGGGUCCAUGAACUUGGAUGAGGGGACGGCGUAUGACGUUCUUUGGCCGGGGAAUGGCGUUGCCUUUUGA